UCGCGUGUGUGCUGAAGCUCGAGGGAGUUUGUCGAGUAGGACGGUAGCCGAGCUAACCGGCUAGCGCGCUUCACAUGUAAACAAACACAGCGACGACGAGCUCGGCGGCUGUUAGACCAGCCGUCUCGUUAAAACGUGCUGGGAUGCAGCCGCCUCUCCCGACAGCUGCGGUCAGAGAGCUGGUUUGCUCCUGUCUGCGUCGAGACCCAGUAGCGGCGGAUCUGCGCUGCAGCCUCUUCGCGGCCGCCGUCCAGAGCUACAAACGAGAUUCGGCGCUCAGGCCCUUCCCUCCCCGCUACCUUCGAGGAGAGCUCAAGGACUUCGAGGAGCUGCUGAAGGACGUGGAUACUUUGCCGAACGUGAGAGAUCUGGUGCGUCUGGGACAUGGUGAUGGAGAUCAUCAUCUGGCUCUCGUGCACUGGGUUCUGUCCUCCAAGAGUUUUGCCGUGAAGACCCUGCAGAAAGAGGAGUUUGCCAGACUCAGCCAGCUGACUCAGAGCGAGGGCGUUUCGGCUCCGGCUCCAGACUUCCUCUUUGAACUGCAGUACUGUGAUUUGCUCAACUCCAAGUUCGAGCGGACGCGGGCCGGACGAGAGCUCAUCUAUGCAUUCCACGGCAGCAGACUGGAGAACUUCCACUCCAUCAUACACAACGGAUUACACUGCCAUCUCAAUAAGACCUCACUGUUUGGGGAGGGCACAUACCUGACCAGCGACCUCAGCAUGGCCAUCCUUUACAGUCCUCACGGUAACGGGUGGAGGGAAAGCGUUCUCGGGCCUCAGAUCAGCUGCGUUGCCUUGUGUGAAAUCAUCGAUCAUCCUGAUGUGAAGUGUCAGGUGAAAAAGAAAGACUCCGAGAGCAUUGACCGCCAGCGUCUGAGGGCCAGGAACAGUGAAGGAGGUGAGGUGCCCGAGAAAUACUUUGUGGUGACCAACAACGAGCUUCUGAGAGUGAAGUACCUGCUGGUGUAUUCUCAGAGACGCUACCGAUCACGUCACGCUCGAGGGACGUCGUGGCUCGUCAGACAUCAUUUUGCCAUCAUGAUGGGCCUGUACCUCCUGCUCCUCAUAUUCAUCGGUGCCUUCAACUCGUCCGCUUUUCAGUCGUUCUGGCACAGAAUGUUCCGGUGACCCCCCGACCGCUGCACACAAAUCACGCAAACGCUCGCGUCCAAAGUGCCUUCAACUCACAAAGACUAUCACGAAAGAGGGAAAAAAUAGACUCAGGAACGGUUUUCUUCAAGUCAACGCGACAUUCCUUGGUUUUUACACUUUAUUUUAGUAGAUCAUUUCAUAGAUUCGCGUAAACACUGUGCGUCUGAUGCAGCCGAGCACCAAGAAUGUUACAUGUUAGCAUGUAGCCUGUUUUUACUUUUUGAAUGAUGGUUUCACUACGUUAGUUACCAAACGAUGAAGACGAAGCUCUGUUUUUACCUGCCUUUUCAACUUAGACAUUGGCGGAAUUGCUGCUUAUAUUAAAAAUAUAAUCGUGUAGGGAGAUCUGUGUGCUUUUAUAUUAGAUAUUUUUCAGUUUUGGGGGCCAGGUCACACGUUUUUAGACUAGCGUAAUGUGUCUAUAGGUGAAAUCAACUAUGCAGAAGACCCGUGCUGUGGUGGUCGGUAUCAUUAAAACUGUAACGGAAAUUAGUCUUGAUAUUGCAUAUAUGUCUCUAACUUGAAUAAUCCGAAUUGAGAAAUUAUUUAAAUAAAUAAAUGCAACAAUU